UAUCGGAUGAGUUGACAGCUGACGUAACGCCUCGCUUAAAAGCUACAGCGCAGCACGUUACCCGCGUCCCACACCGUGCUCGGCUCUGCUGCUUACUGCGUUUAUCUUAGCAAUAACAGAUUAACGUAGUAUCAGAAGAGUUUAUUUUUCUGAGUUACAGCACUCGCGUUCAUUCCAUCGCAUUUCCCCACACAGUUGAAACAUGAGCUAUCACAAACCCGACGAGAAAACUCUGCAGGCCCUGAAAGACAUCGCCAACAAGCUCAGGAUUCACUCCAUCAAGGAAACAUGCGCCUCAAACUCCGGGCACCCAACCUCGUGCUGCAGCGCUGCCGAGCUCAUGUCAGUGCUGUUCUUCCACACCAUGCGCUACAAAGCCAAUGAUCCCCGCAACCCCAGCAAUGACCGCUUCAUCUUGUCCAAGGGCCAUGCUGCUCCCAUUCUGUAUGCUGCCUGGGCAGAGGCUGGAUUCAUCAAAGAGUCUGAGCUGCUAAACCUGCGCAAGAUCGACUCUGACCUGGAGGGUCACCCCACCCCUAAACUAGCGUUUGUGGAUGUGGCGACUGGUUCUCUUGGCCAGGGUUUGGGUGCUGCCUGCGGUAUGGCGUACACCGGAAAAUACUUUGAUAAAGCUAGCUACCGUGUGUACUGCAUGCUGGGAGAUGGUGAGUGUUCAGAAGGGUCGGUGUGGGAAGCCAUGGCUUUUGCCUCCUAUUACAAGCUUGACAAUCUGGUGGCCAUCCUUGAUGUGAACCGCCUGGGCCAGAGUGAGGCAGCACCACUGCAGCACAACAUGGACACCUACAAGGAGCGCUGCAAGGCCUUUGGCUUCAACACUUAUGUAGUUGACGGCCAUGAUGUGGAGGAGCUGUGCAAGGCUUUGUGGCAUGCUGAACAAACGAAAGGGAAGCCCACUGCCAUCGUAGCCAAAACAUUUAAAGGCAAAGGGCUCAAAGGCAUUGAGGAUCAGGAUAACUGGCAUGGGAAGCCUAUGCCUAAAGACCGUGCGGAAGAGCUGAUUAAUGACCUCCUGAGCCAGAUCCAGUCACCCAAUAAGCCCCUCCACCCUCAGCUGCCCAAUGAGGAUGUUGCUCUAGCUGACCUCACCCCCAUCCGCCUGCUCACAGCUCCAGAAUACAAGAUAGGAGAUAAGAUGUCCACCAGGAAGGCUUAUGGUGUAGCCCUGAAGAAGAUGGGGGAUGCCAGCCCUCGUGUGGUGGCCAUGGAUGGUGACACCAAGAACUCAACCUUCUCUGAUAUCUUCAAGAAGGCCCAUCCUGAUCGCUUUAUUGAAUGCUUCAUUGCCGAGCAGAACAUGGUGAGCGUGGCCAUUGGUUGUGCUACUCGUGAUCGCACAGUUUCAUUCGCCAGUACUUUUGCUGCCUUCUUUGCUCGUGCCUACGACCACAUCCGUAUGGCAGCGAUCUCCCAGUCUAACGUCAACCUGGUCGGCUCACACUGUGGUGUUUCCAUUGGUGAGGAUGGCCCCUCACAGAUGGCACUGGAGGAUCUCGCAAUGUUCCGCGCUAUCCCAACAUGCACAGUCUUUUACCCUAGUGAUGGAGUAUCUACUGAGAGAGCCGUGGAGCUUGCAGCCAAUACAAAGGGUAUCUGUUUCAUCCGUACCAGCCGACCUGACACUGCCGUCAUCUAUGAUGCUGGAGAGAAAUUUGAAGUUGGGAAAGCCAAGGUGGUGCGGCAGUCUGACAAAGAUCAGGUGACCAUCAUUGGAGCUGGAGUAACACUGCAUGAGGCACUGGCAGCACAUGACCAACUGGCCAAAGAAGGUGUGAACAUUCGGGUUAUCGACCCAUUCACCAUUAAGCCCCUGGAUGCCUCCACUAUUGUGGCAAAUGCUCGUGCCACAGGAGGAAAGGUGAUCACUGUAGAGGACCACUACAAAGAGGGUGGUCUGGGCGAGGCCGUCCUGUCUGCAUUGGGUGAAGAGCCUGGCAUUGUGGUGCACCGGCUGGCUGUGAGCCGUGUGCCUCGGAGCGGCAAACCGCAGGAGCUUCUGGACAUGUUUGGCAUCAGUGCCAAAUCUAUCGUUGCCGCCGUCAGGCGUACUUUCGCCAACUGAAACACUUUGAACCACCCUGAACCUACACCCUUCCUCUUUCUCCACUCCUAACCCAGACCCUAAAGACAAGUUCACCACACAUCCUUAUCAUUCCAGCUCACGGAUAUACCUACCUUAGUGUGUGAAAAUACUCUAACUUGUGCACUAUAAGUCUAUACAGUGUCGGCCAUAGCUUUGGAGUGUUUUCACUUUGCAUCAUCAUCAGUUUUAACUUCUUGAAAACUUUAAAUGCUGCAUUAAUAGUAGUUUUUAAAAGCUUGGAAGUGUGGAUUAGAUCCGAGUGCAUUGCAUUUGCACUUUUCGGGAAUAUCAUUAAAACCAAUGACCAUUUCACAUUAAGUCAUUUCAUCCUUUCCUUAGCUUUGGCUCGGUGUGCUUGCUGUAAUUAUUACAAGCCAGUAUGAAAAAUAAAUUUGAUAGCCGUGAUGGUGCUUUCAGGGAGUAACAAAGUAUAUUUCCGUUUUUUUUUUUUUUUUACUGCUGUUGCAUAAGCUACUGGACAACCAAUUUUGGAAAGUUAGUACAUGAACGGUUUGGUUUUGAUGAUCUGAUAAAUUGUAUCUCAUGUUACAACACCCUCACUGUCAUUGUGUAAACAUAGUUUUCACUGAAUUUGAUGUAAUGUGUUAAUAAAUUGAACUGCCCAUCCAAUGUGCCUAUA